AUGUUGCUGCCACUGCUGGGAGCCUGUGCCCUGGUGGGACCAUUCCAGGGGCCGGAGUGGGAGCCAGUGCGGGGCCUACUGUCCCAAUACGGCAGCUGCAGGGACCCUCGGUGCUGCGGCAAUCUGCUCGUGCUCUGCCUCUUUCUGAUCUGGCAGAUUCGGCACUAUUGGCACCAGGUCAACAAGACCCGCCCCAGCCCAAGGAAGGUCAUCAAGGUGCCACCGCAGGAGAGGGCAGUGCCCUCCGUGAGAUAUGCCACUGUUUUGGGGCCAGCCCCUGAAUUCUUCAUCAGUCCCGGCAAGCUCAGGGGCCUGGAUGUUCAUGUGCAACCAUGGACACGAGAGCAAAGAUGGGGAUACCGGAGGAGCCUCCAGAAAUCAUGGGCCCAAUGCCUGCUCUCCUGGCAGCGCCGGUGUCAGGGCCCACCAUGGGGUGCCCAUGCCCCCUUGGAACCCAUCUUUUGCACCACUUCUGCUUCAAGCACCUGCCUGCUCCCUCAGGACAGUUCCUGGGAAGUGUGGCAGGUACCCUGGUGUCUCGGUGAUGGCCACGCUCAUCUGAUUUGCAAGCCACUGCCCUUUGCCCUGGAGAUGUGUCAAAGGAUGGAGCAGUUACUGGUCCACUCCCCGGAAGAGUUCAUGCCUCUGGAACCUGUCGUCAGCAUGAGGUCCCACCCCACCUCCAUGUCUUCAGCCACAUCUCUCCCAAACCUCCCUUCAGCUCAGAAGCUGCAGUUCUGCCCCCAGAGAAGCCCCGGAGGGUUCGGCCCCUAG